UAGCUCAGACUUCAAAUCAUUCAGAGAGUAGUUUUACUUUAAUUUUUGAAGAUAUGAGGCUAAUCAUAUGAUAUCUUUUUAAUCUCUUUUUCUUUAAAGUAAUUUGUAACACCUUGACAAAUAGAAUCGGCAAGAUGAUGACGUUUUGGCGCCAAAUACGAGGAUUGGUUGGAAAGUCUGACAGUUCUGAACUGAGUUCGGCUCACUGACGUGCAAUCUGUAUAUACAGGCUUUUCAAAGUGCAAUAAUGGAGGACAUAACAAACAGAUGUAAGCCUCAACAGUUCCCUUCACCCAUCGUAAAAAGAAAGGUCAACUGGGAUGAAGACUUGAUCCAGUUCACGUCUCCGACCUCAGCUCAGGACGACCAGAGUCGGAGGCUAAGUGUGGGGGGAGUAGUGUUAUCAGCUGAACCCAAACACAGCUCUACACCAUUCAGGCCCAAGGAGUCAACCCUCCCCCAGACUCCUUUCCAAGGAUGCGGAGAUGACACCAUGGAAAACAUCUUCUACACUCCCAUGUGUCCGCAAACGUACAGCAUAAGAGCCAGCACAGAUAUUGAAACCAACAAUAUCACAGACAUCAAGAACACCUCAGAGCCACAUCAGGAGCAGGACGAAAACCAGGAACGUUCCGAGAUUUCCCAGUCUUUUGACAUCAUGCCGAAAAACCUCAAAAAGAGUCACCCAAGCCUUACCCAAGACCAGAAUAGAGAGGACAGUGUGGGUAAGUUCAUCGAAGAAGAAGACCUUGUAGAUGCUAUUCCAUCUCUGUGAUAUUGAGAAGGCAGGAAGAGUCCCCGUAUCCAGGAUUAUUGAUUACCUCCGACACACCACCACCAAUCCUGUGGCUCCUAACGAGUCCCUGGAGAAACUGGAUGGCCUGUCCUCUCUCUUAGACCCGAAAGGCGAAGAUGCACUAGUAGACCUCGAGACCUACCAGACGCACAUGAGGAACUGGAUCGAAGAGAUCAGGAAGUACGACAUCGCACACCGUAGGACAAGAAGUAACAGAAUGAGCAGCGCGGACCAUAGCGAUUACGACCUGAUGAACGCGUCGUACACGACGAUCGGCAGUCUGGAGGGGUGUGGCGGGGAAGCGUCCUUCAACAUUGACCCAGCAGAGUUGAUGACCAGUGUUGUCGAGCUGCAGAAGAGCAGCAAGAAGCUUGGGGAGCAGAACCAGAAGCUCAGGCACCAGGUGGACUCUGCGGACGAAGCCAACGCCGUGCUCUCUCUGGAAAAUGAGAACCUGAAGAAACAGCUGAAGUCGGUGCAGCAGCAGACGACAUCGCGCCACAACCAGCUGGUGGACGAGAUCGAGGAACUGAAGUGCGCGCUGGGCGCGGCGGAGAAGGAGAACCGUCGGGGGGAACACAGGAGGAGCCAGCUGGAGAGGGAGGGGCAGAACAUGCAGGCUCGUCUAGAGGGGCUACAGGAGCAACUGAACAAGGCUGCACAGGAGGUGGAGGCACUGCAGCAGGAGAACAAGGAUGUGGCCAGGACACUCAGGCUGCAGAAGGAGUGCUGUGGUGAGCUGGAGGCCACCACUCUGUCCCAGCAGACUCAGCUGGAGGAACAUCAGGACAAGCAGAGGGAGAUGUCCGACCUGGUGCAGGAGUACAGCUGCACCAUCCAGGCGCUCAGGGCGGAGAAACACCAGCUGGAGGAACAGCUGCUGCAGGUGCAACAGGAUCUGGCAAGGUACCGGGUUGAGAGACGUAUGCAGCUGGAGAUCGAUGACCUGGACCCCACAGGCGUGGCGGUCAGCCCCCUGUCGGCCCUGCACCACUCCCUACAUGCAGAACUGCUGGACGCCUCGGGGAUCCUCCCCUCACCCUUCUGUGGGAACAACAGUUAUAAACUACAGGAGGAGGAGGAGGAGGAGGAGGACACUGGUGAUGAAGAAGAGGAGAAGCAACAGGGUAUGGAGAGAGGUCCCUUCUAA